GAAAGUUGUCCUCCUUGUCGUGGAUGACAUGGAAAAUUUUUCAUCCAUGGUAGGGAGAAGUUUCUCUCCUUGAAGGAAACUUUUCCGCCUCUUCCUUAAGAACUGAAAUAAAUGCCAUGGUACAGUUUUACCAGCAAAUUUCUGCAGAAAUCACACCGUUUUAAAAUAGGAAGACAGUGAAAGGAGGAAAAGAAAUGGCGCAAGAGAGCAAAGAGCCAUGCAAGAAAGAAGCUUGCGACAUUCAAGCUUGUCUCUCUAAGAACAACUUCCUUCCUCAAAAGUGCCUUAAAGUCAUUCAAAAUCUUCAAUCUUGCUGUGAAAAAUGCGAGUACAAGUCAACACACUGUGGUUCUGUAACUGGUCUACUAAAGCAAAUUCACAAGUGAGAGCUCUCCCCUCCUAUGUGCAAACUAUAAGUCUACAAUUGAUUGAUGUACAUAUUUAGCUUAUUUCCACUGGAGGAAUGCAACAAUGUAAUUUCCACAGCAUGGUAUGCACCAAAUCAAUUUCUUUUGGAUUUACAGGCGGAGUUAUUUGUGACCAUCUAAUUUCAGAUUAGAAUGCAAAAUCUUAUGUAAGAGAAAACUGUCAUUUGACACAGAUCAUUUCUGAGAAUAAAUAAAUAGCAGAAACUUUUGAAUUGGGAUUAUUGACAUGUUUAACUAUCAAAGCUUCAUCUUAUUGUUAAACGUCCAUGCUAUUUACAGCUUUA